UGUCAAUCAAUUAAGUGUGUUAUUGUUGAAUCUCGUGCGGACAAAAUUGAUCAUGACUCUUUUACAAGUAAUUUCUAGUUUAUUGGUAUUUUCUAUGUUUUGUGACUGUUUUCAGUUCAAUACAAGAGAAUGCGUGGCAUCCUGUGAGAAUAAGAGAAUUUCGAGCUCGUACGGUAAAGGAUUAUGCGAUGCAUUAUGUGUGCAGGAUUCGAUUGAUAAACGUCUAAAACAAGAUUUUGAAAGAAAAUUACCAAAGCCAGCGAUACCAAGAGCUUUUGAAAUUGGAUGGGAGAGGAUAGGUUUGGAUUUCAAUUCAACGGAGUUGACAAACUACAGUGGAGUGCGUUAUAUAUUGGAAGUAAAGCCGGAUUGGAAAGGUCACCAGAAAAAGGAUGUAUUUACCGUUUAUCCAUAUAUACAAAAAUACCAUUACACGAAUGAAACAACAUACUUCGUGAAGAAUCUUGAACCAAAUACCGACUAUCAGUUCCGUGUUAUGGCUGUAACGACGGACGACUCGUCAACCUUUAGCAAUUGGAGUAAUACAAUAUCAACAACAAAAAGUUGCUCAAAUCCUCCAUGUGGUGUGAGCAAAUUGCGCGUAGAGAUCACGACCGACGUGCCUUACAAGGGGAUGGUGUUCUUAAAAUCGGUACUUUACUGGGAGCCUACCACACUUAAAUCCUCUUAUCAGGAUUACAUAUUUGUACGCACUCUUAGACGCGCCUCACACGCUGUAUCAUUUUGUGGCGAAUACUUUGAAAACAAUUUACGAAGUGAUAGAGAAAAACUAAAAAAUCAGGAUAUUUUCACCAACAGGAACCUUACUACAUACACUCCACGUAAAGAUGAGACCCUGUAUUACGAUUGUUGGUACACUUUUGAGUUGUAUUUGCAACGUUUUUUUUGGGGAAAGUUAGCUGUGAGAGAAUGGAAAUUUUAUGUACCUGGUUGCAUAACGGUCAACACCUCCAAAAUUUGUGGUUGCCCAUAUGUUGGCAUCCAAGAUGACACAAGACAUUACGUAUUAAAUGUUACCAUCACGUCAUCGGACACUUCGGUGAUCGCUAAUGUAAACUGGAAUGAUAAUUUGUGGCGGAAUGAUGUCAAUGUCACGUACUAUUUGAUCGAACUUUACGACACGUCGAACACCUUUGCAGCUCUCCAAACCGAAUACUACGACGCUCACGCGAACGUCCACAACUAUAACGCGUCGUUCACGAAACUAAAUGCUGGACAAAAGCACAGAAUUAGAUUGUCAGCAUUUCAUGGUGAUCACUGUGUGCAUCAUAAGAUCGAUACUGUAUUAUUCUUUGCGAAAGACCCGUGUGUGAACGCAUCAUGUCCUGAAAAAAGCACUUGUCGUCCAGAUUUCUACAAAGGAGAUUACGAUUGCGCAUGCGAUUCUGAAUACGUAUUGUUAGAGGGUAGGUGUGUAGUUUAUCCAAUGAAUUAAUCUUCUUCAUCAAAAGUAUUUGUUCAACUAAU